AUGGCCACGCUUCUGCGACGCGUCGCGGGCGAUUUGAGACGAAGCAGCGGCGCGUCUGGCGCCGUGAAUCGCGCUGUCGGCUCGUUCCAGAGCGGAUUUCCCGCGCAACCGCGCAGUCUCCUCGAUGUCCUCGCGCUUCGAUGGGCCAGCACGCUGGUGGUGGCGGAGCACACGGGGAGAGGCGCGGGGGGCUCUGCAGAGGCCUUAAAGCCGCCCACGCUGUCCGCAGUGGCGGCUGCGCGCAAGCUGGGCGGACCCGUGGCCGUGCUGGUGGCGGGGAGUGGCGACGCGGUUGCUGACGUGGCGGCUGAUGUGGCGAAGAUCGAAGGGGUGGAUGAGGUGAUUACAACAGACAGCGCCGCCCUGGACCACGCCCUGCCAGAGCCCCUGGCGGCGCUACUGACAAACCUCGCUGCCCAGCGGUCCUUCUCGCACGUGCUUGCCGCCUCGUCCACGUUCUCCCGUAACGUGCUGCCACGUGUCGCCGCGCUAUUGGACGCUGCGAUGGUGUCUGACGUGGUUGAGAUCGUGGAUGAGACAACCUUCGUGCGCCCAAUCUACGCAGGAAACGCUCUAGCCAAAGUGCGCUGUUCCACCCCCUCCCCCGCCAUCCCAACGCUCCUCACAGUCCGCGCCACCUCCUUCCCUGCCACCUCCUCUGCAGCCGCCUGUGCGCCCAAGACCACGCCUUUUGAGUUUCAAGCCCCCCCAGCUGAAAAUUCUUCCUGGGUCGGGCAGGAGCUGCGGGCAGCUGACCGGCCGGACCUGGGCAGCGCGAAAGUUGUGAUUGCGGGCGGGCGGGGGCUAAAGAGCGAAGAGAAUUUCAAGCUGCUGGAACAACUAGCAGACAAACUGGGAGGGGCAGUGGGUGCCUCCCGGGCAGCUGUGGACGCAGGCUACGUAGCCAACGACCUGCAAGUCGGGCAGACCGGGAAAAUCGUCGCACCAGACCUUUACAUGGCGUUUGGGAUUUCGGGCGCGAUUCAGCAUCUGGCGGGCAUGAAAGAUUCCAAGACGAUCGUGGCCGUUAACAAAGAUCCAGACGCUCCCAUCUUCCAGGUCGCAGAUUACGGGCUGGUGGGAGAUUUGUUUCAAGUGCUGCCCGAACUCCUUGAAAAAGUUCCUGCCAAGGCUUGA